GGGCGGUAAUUUUUUUAAAAGUUUGAAGACACGUACACGUAUACGUUCUUAUAGUUCUUUAUUGCCAUCUGCAGGACAUUUUAAUAAAUGCAUCAUUUCCCAGCUUGCGCUGCAUAUGAUGCUUCCGCCAUCAAAGUUCUCGCUCUUUGUUUCGCUGACGAUUAUCGAGGUAAUGCCGUAGUUACCGCUUUACCCCGGUCCCUCGAUAACCGUGAACUUUAAUGCGUAAUGUAGUUUUAAAUAUCGUAUAAAAACUAUCUAUAGUAAUAAGUUUGUGUGUUCGAGUGUAUUACACGUAUCACAAUGCGAAUACACACAGCUGAGGAUCAUGUGACAUUGUGACGUGUAGGCAACAUGGCGGCGCUGAGCUAAGGUAGCAGCAGUAGAGCCUACACUGACUGGACACAGAUCGCCGGGCUUUUAGCGUUUACCCGUCACCUGCUCGUUGGUCCACAGCAGGCUCAGGCCGGACAUGACGGCCUGAGAGAGGAGCGAGAGAUGCAGAAACAUCAACAAGUAUACUUAGAGUGGCCACAACAACAGCAACAGCAGCAGCAGUCCUUAGAGGCAAAGACAGAAAAGUGUAAAACCAAGAGCAUGUUUCUGUCCAGGGCACUGGAGAAAAUCCUCGCUGACAAGGAGGUGAAGAGGAAUCAACACAGUCAGCUACGGAAAGCCUGUCAGGUGGCGCUCGAUGAAAUCAAGGCCGAACUGGAAAAACAAAAGGACGGCACCGUGGUGACUCCCAAGGUCAACUACAUCGAGGCUGACAAAUAUGUGCUGCCCUUUGAGCUGGCCUGUCAGUCCAAGUCUCCUCGGAUAGUGAGCACCUCUUUGGACUGUCUGCAGAAGCUGAUCGCUUACGGACACAUCACGGGAAAUGCCCCCGACAGCAAAACCCCGGGCAAAAGGCUGAUCGACCGACUGCUGGAAACCAUCUGCAACUGUUUCCAGGGUCCACAGACCGACGAGGGGGUCCAGCUACAGAUCAUCAAGGCCCUGCUGACCGCGGUCACCUCGCCACAUAUAGAGAUCCACGAGGGUACGGUUCUUCUCACCGUCAGGACCUGCUACAACAUCUACCUGGCCAGUCGCAACCUUAUCAACCAGACCACAGCCAAAGCCACGCUCACGCAGAUGCUCAACGUCAUCUUCACACGUGUGGAGAACCAGGCGAUCCUGGAGGCUCAGGAGCAGGAGAAGGACCGGCUGCGACCACCACAGCAGAACCCAUCUCCAGUACCAGGUAAUCGGGGAGCGGGCUCCCCCUGGUCCGACCGGACACCCACUCCCGAGGCUCCAGGCUCCCCAUCUCCAGCAGCCAGUACUCCAGACCUCAGUACCACCAAUGUCCACAGCUCCCCAAGCCCACCGUCAGCCCCUGAUCUGGAACAGGCCCCUAACGCACCUCCAGUGAAUGGAGAAGCUGAGGGUGGCAGCGAUUUGGUGAAUGGAGAGGAUCAGGUCACACCAUCAACAGAUGAAGAGGCUGAGACUUCUCCGGCAGUAUCGCAGCAACCUGUGGAGGGAGGUGAUCCGGAUCCAGCAGAGUCGGAGACAGGCGGAGGGGAGCAGAUCCACAGCGGAACAGUGGAGCUUCCACCUCAGCCUGUCCCGGAGCAGACGGAGACGUCACUGCCCAGAGUCACAACGGAGGAUCAGCAGAUGAACGGCAUCAUCGAGGACCGCUCCUCUGUUUCCUCCAGUGACAUGCUGGAUGCUGAUGUCCUGCAGGGACCUCACAGCGCCGCACGGUUCUCUCACGUCCUGCAGAAAGACGCGUUCCUGGUUUUCCGUUCCCUCUGCAAACUCUCCAUGAAACCCCUGGCCGAUGGACCUCCAGACCCGAAGUCCCACGAGCUGCGGUCAAAGAUCGUCUCCCUGCAGUUGCUCCUCUCAGUCCUGCAGGGGGCCGGGCCGGUGUUUCGCACCCACGAGAUGUUUGUCAACGCCAUCAAACAGUAUUUAUGUGUAGCGCUUUCCAAGAAUGGUGUUUCUUCUGUACCUGAGGUGUUUGAGCUGUCCCUGGCCAUCUUCCUCACCUUGCUCUCUCACUUCAAGGUCCACCUGAAGAUGCAGAUUGAGGUGUUUUUUCGAGAGAUCUUUCUGACUAUUCUGGAGACGUCGAGCAGCUCCUUUGAGCACAAGUGGAUGGUUAUUCAGACUCUCACACGAAUCUGUGCAGACGCCCAGUGUGUGGUCGACAUCUACGUGAACUACGACUGCGACUUGAACGCUGCCAACAUCUUUGAGCGCCUCGUCAGCGACCUGUCGAAGAUCGCUCAGGGCCGGAGCGGUCAGGAGCUGGGCAUGACGCCUCUGCAGGAGCUGAGUCUACGUAAAAAGGGCCUGGAGUGUCUGGUUUCCAUCCUCAAGUGUAUGGUGGAGUGGAGCAAAGACAUGUACGUCAACCCAAACCUCCAAGCUAACCUGGGCCAGGAGCAUCCCUCUGACGACGGGGGAGAGCUGAAGCUCCCAGAGCAGCUGAUUGGACGACGCGACAGCAUCAGCUCGCUGGACUCCACCGUCUCCUCCGGUGUUGCCGUUUCCCAGGCGGAUCACCCAGAACAGUACGAGGUCAUUAAACAGCAGAAGGACAUCAUCGAACAUGGGAUUGACCUCUUCAACAAGAAGCCAAAGAGGGGUAUACAGUACCUGCAGGAGCAAGGCAUGCUGGGAGCCACAGCAGAGGACAUUGCACAGUUUCUACACCAGGAGGACAGACUGGACACAACCCAGGUGGGGGAGUUCCUGGGUGAAAACAUCAAGUUCAACAAAGAAGUGAUGUACAACUACGUGGAUCAGCUGGACUUUUGUGGCAGGGACUUCGUCUCGGCUCUCAGGACGUUCUUAGAAGGCUUCCGGCUGCCUGGAGAAGCCCAGAAGAUUGACAGGCUGAUGGAGAAGUUUGCUGCUCGAUACCUGGAGUGUAACCAGGGGCAGACUCUGUUCGCCAGUGCAGACACUGCCUACGUGUUAGCCUACUCCAUCAUCAUGCUGACCACAGACCUGCACAGUCCUCAGGUGAAGAACAAGAUGACCAAAGAGCAGUACAUCAAGAUGAACCGUGGCAUCAACGAUAGCAAGGACCUCCCAGAAGAAUACCUGUCCUCCAUCUAUGACGAGAUCGCGGGCAAGAAGAUCGCCAUGAAGGAGAGCAAAGAGUUCUCCAUCACUCCAAAGUCCACGAAGCAGAAUGUAGCCAGUGAAAAACAACGUCGUCUGCUGUACAACAUGGAGAUGGAGCAGAUGGCCAAGACGGCCAAAGCCUUGAUGGAGGCCGUCAGUCACGCCCAGGCUCCGUUUUUCAGUGCCACGCACCUAGAGCAUGUCAGACCAAUGUUUAAGCUGGCGUGGACCCCCCUACUGGCAGCAUUCAGCGUUGGACUGCAAGACUGUGAUGACCCUGAAGUGGCCUCUUUGUGUCUGGAAGGAAUCCGCUGUGCUGUCAGGAUCGCCUCCAUCUUUAACAUGCAGUUGGAGCGAGAUGCGUACGUUCAGGCCUUGGCCAGGUUCACUCUGCUGACGGCCAGUUCCAGCAUCACUGAGAUGAAGCAGAAGAACAUUGACACCAUCAAGACCCUGAUCACAGUGGCCCACACUGAUGGAAACUACCUGGGCAACUCCUGGCAUGAGAUCCUGAGAUGCAUCAGUCAGCUGGAACUUGCUCAGUUGAUCGGUACUGGAGUGAAAACCCGUUACAUCUCAGGUGUGGUGCGAGAUAAGGAGGCCGGGAUAAGAGGUUUACCCUCUGGAACUGAAGAGUUCAUGCCACUGGGACUAGGUAACCUGGUGGGAAGUCAGGACAGGAGACAAAUGGCUCAUAUCCAAGAGUCGGUGGGAGAAACCAGCUCUCAGAGUGUGGUCGUAGCAGUGGACAGGAUCUUCACUGGUUCCACCAGAUUAGAUGGAAAUGCUAUUGUGGACUUUGUGCGAUGGUUGUGUGCGGUUUCCAUGGAUGAGCUGGCAUCGGCACAUCAGCCCAGAAUGUUCAGCCUGCAGAAGAUCGUAGAGAUUUCUUACUACAACAUGAACCGCAUCAGGCUGCAGUGGUCUCGGAUAUGGCAGGUCAUUGGUGACCACUUCAACAAGGUGGGCUGUAACCCUAAUGAGGAUGUGGCCAUUUUCGCCGUGGACUCUUUGAGGCAGCUUUCCAUGAAGUUCCUUGAGAAAGGAGAGUUGGCUAAUUUCCGCUUCCAGAAAGACUUCCUGCGGCCCUUUGAGCACAUCAUGAAGAAGAACAGGUCUCCCACCAUCAGAGACAUGGUGAUCAGAUGUGUGGCUCAGAUGGUCAACUCUCAGGCCGCCAACAUCCGCUCAGGUUGGAAGAACAUCUUCUCAGUGUUCCACCAGGCAGCGGCGGAUCACGAUGAGACUAUAGUGGAGCUGGCCUUCCAGACCACCGGACAUAUUGUCUCGAACACCUUCAAGGAACAUUUUGCAGCUGCGAUCGAUUCGUUCCAGGAUGCAGUCAAGUGUUUGUCAGAGUUUGUGUGUAACGCGGCCUUUCCUGACACCAGCAUGGAGGCCAUUAGACUCAUACGACACUGUGCAAGAUACGUGGCCGAAAGGCCGCAGGCUCUGAGAGAAUACACCAGUGAUGACAUGAACGUCGCCCCCGGUGAUCGAGUCUGGGUUCGUGGCUGGUUUCCUAUCCUCUUUGAGCUGUCGUGUAUCAUCAACCGCUGCAAACUGGACGUCAGGACAAGAGGUCUCACUGUCAUGUUUGAGAUCAUGAAGAGCUACGGCCACACAUUCGAGAAGCACUGGUGGCACGACCUCUUCAGAAUCGUCUUCCGCAUCUUUGACAACAUGAAGCUCCCGGAGCAGCAGACAGAGAAAACCGAGUGGAUGACCACCACGUGUAACCACGCCCUCUACGCCAUCUGUGACGUGUUCACUCAGUUCUACGAGCCUCUCAGUGAAAUCCUGCUGGUUGACAUCUUCACACAGCUGCAGUGGUGUGUCAGACAAGACAAUGAACAGUUGGCCCGGUCAGGAACUAACUGCCUGGAGAACCUGGUGAUUCUGAACGGUGAGAAGUUCAGCCCUGAGGUCUGGAACAUCACUUGCUCCUGUAUGCUGGAGAUCUUCCAGAACACCAGCCCUCAUGCGUUGUUGACGUGGCGACCGGCAGGACAGGAUGAGGAAACAGCUGAUGGCAAGCAUUUUGAUGAUUUUGACACUCAGUCCCAGAGCAGCUACGACAGAGCUCUGUCUGAAAGAGGCCACAGUCAGAUGUCCAGUGACGACACCUGGAAGGGCAAGUCCAACGCUCACCAAAAACUGUUUGCUGGGCUGCUGAUAAAAUGCGUUGUCCAGCUGGAACUCAUUCAGACCAUAGACAACAUCGUCUUCUACCCAGCAACGAGCAAGAAGGAGGACGCCGAAAACAUGGCCGCAGCACAGCGGGAUGCUCUGGAGGAGUCGGAGUCUGGUGGAAGUGAGCCGGGUCAGGGCAUGUACAAACACAUGACCUCUGCACAUCUCUUCAAACUGCUGGACUGUCUGCUGGAGUCGCACAGAUUCGCCAAGGACUUCAACUCCAACAACGAACAAAGGACGGCUCUGUGGAGAGCAGGUUUUAAAGGCAAAUCCAAGCCCAACUUAUUGAAGCAGGAAACCAGCAGCCUGGCCUGCAGCCUGAGGAUCUUAUUCAGGAUGUACUCUGACCCUCAGCUGCAGAGUUCAUGGCCUGAUAUCCAGACACGCCUGCUGCUAGUGUGCAGCGAAGCCUUGGCCUACUUCAUCAGUCUGACCUCAGAGAGUCACAGAGAGGCCUGGAACAGUCUGCUGAUGCUGCUGCUCACCAGGACGCUACGGCUGCCUGAUGAAAAGUUUAAGCCUCACGCCUCCUGCUACUACCCUCAACUUUGCGAAAUGAUGCAGUUUGAUCUGAUCCCUGAACUGCGGGCCGUCCUCAGGCGUUUCUUCUUGCGCAUCGGUUCCGUCUUCCGUAUCGCGGCCGCCAUCUCCACAUGUGACGGGACAUCUUCUCCGACGGCCGCACUGUAGAUCGGGUGUAUGAAGGAACAGGUGAAGGGGUUGGAUGAUGGUAGCACCUUCUUUCAUAUCUAAGAACUGAGGACACAAGACAACGCCAUGAGGAAAAUGAUGGGACCGUAGCUCUGCAGUCUCAGCAUCCAAUGUUGAAUUUUUCUGCUGCAGUUGAGCAGAAAUGUCUUUAGCCUGUACUUUUCUUUUGUUUUUUUCUUCUUCUUUCUUCCUCUCUCUGGGAUGAACAGCACUGUGACCAGCACCUUCUGUUGACUGUUGUCCUUCAUCUCCAUUUUCUCCUCGGUGACUCAUCUCAUACUGUAAUGACCAGAAAAGAACUGUAAAGACAUAAUUUAUUGAUAUUGUUCCAAACCAAGUAUCUUUUUUUAACUUGUUAACAUGAGAAGAUAUAUCUUCAUGCUGAAGGCAAAGUGAACUGUAUUUAAUUCAAUAUGAUGAAUCUUUUCUCGGCCACAUGUGCCUGUAGGAAAAUUAUGACACCAUCGGUGUCAGCCCACCCCUCUUCCUCCCCUGAGUUUGGUGAUCUAAUUGAAGGAUGUUGUAACAUUUGACCCCUGAAGUACCUGCUCUGAGUCUGAAAGCAUUGUUUGUCACUUUAUGCUUAUGUUUCCUAUUAUUUGUGAUGUAAUUGUUUAGUUAGAAAUGAGGGUUGUUUGGGAGCCUCUUUUCAACACUAUCAACUACUGCAACUUUUAUUCAGAAAGUCUCUGUCCGUGACGCCACUGUCCUAAUGUCUUUAUUAUCCAUGCCUGUCGGUGAGAUUUUUAUUUAUUUAUUUUGUUUUUUUGUUGUCGUUUGUUUUACGGUUGUUUUUCUGGGGUUUUGGUUGGUUGAAUCUAAUACGCUUUCACAUGUUGACUAAAGCCUUAAUGAUAAAGAACUCCUCAUGGAGUCUAUUUUUCCUGGUUUUGAAAUGACAGUAAAUACAUUAACCUAAUAUGAGUUGACCAGAAGUCUUCUGGUCGGAACGCACCUCAGUCUACAACAUAAGCCCUGAGCCACAGAAGGAUUUAGAAUCAGGAAAAAGGAAGUGUGUGGAGCUAAACCAAUCUUCAGUAUUUGCUUUCGUAUCUGCCCAAAAAGUAUCCUAAAGUUCAUUCUCUAAAUUAAACGGUGGAACUGGAGCUGCGUUGUUGUCAGUCAGCUGUAGUGUGGAAGGGACACUCGCACCGAUGAGGUGUCUGUUCUCAGAUAUGAGCAGCAGUGUUGGUUAGGUUACUUUAACAGUGAUUUAAACGAAUGUAUUAAACUGUUACUGGUUUUGAUAUUGGUAUAAGACAAAAGAUGUGUUCUUUAAACGGAACCAAAGCUCAUAUCUAGAGAGAAACAUCCUGGAUCUAUAGUUGUUUAUUCCAUGACUUUUAUUUCUGAGGUUGUAAUUAUUUUAAGUGCAUUUAACUGUUUUUUUUGUUUGUUUAUUUUGAGAAGCAUUCCUCCCUGUGCAACUUUUCUUCCCUGAAGCCGGGGUACCUAUAAAUAUAUAUAUAUAAAUAUAUACAGUAAAUGGAAAAAAGGCGGCUGUAAAGUUUUCAAUGUAAGAUACAUAGAAAUUAAGUUCUAUACAUAAUAUUGUGAUGUAAUCUUUCGAGCAUUUGGUGAAGUAAUCAAUAAACCGGAUUUUCGAUCCAA